CUGAGGCUGUGAGGCUGGAGGUGAAUCCUUGGUGUAAUUGAGGAGCAAUCUGGGACGACCACACUCGCGCUCUAUUAGCUUGAUGGGCCUACAAAUUAGGGUGGUGUGUAUUUCAGCCCUCAAGCGGGUAGGAAAAGUUGGGUUCUCUUGAGGGGGAGUGGAAGAGGGACAACUAAGUUGGGAUAUCCACUCACUCUCCAUCCAAUCCAGCGCUCAGUUGAGCUCAGCACAGACGACACAUCCCAAAGCCGACCCACUCGUCUUCUGGCAAAAUUUUGAUGGCUCACUUCGCUAUGGAGUCCUAUUGUCUGGCAGCUUUGAACGUGUGAACAUUGUUGGUUUCGACGAUCUCCAAAGACGCUUUGACAAGAGUGUGCUCUCAUCAAUAUGAGUGAUGUGUCCACCACUGAUCAUGAUAAAUUGGGCUUCCACAGAUUGCUAGCCAUGAGUGAGAAUCAGAGGAAGAGGAAAGGUGCUCCCAUAUCAAACCUCUCGGAAUCCGAGGAUGACGAGGGAUGUGCCCUGGACCAAAAACUCAGAGUGCCAAUUUUCCACCUGAAAUCGGGAGAAGUUUGUGAUAAGCCAUUGGGAUCAGUUCACACUGACAGAAACAAGAAUGUCACACAAUGGUUCAAUCCGGAUCAUGGACUCAAGGAAGAGGAGGAGCCGGAACUCAAGCACGCUCAACACGAGGAUGACGAGGAUAUCUGUGUGGACGACCAAGACGACACCAAUGAAGACCCCCAGGACUCUCCUAAGCGUUCCUCCACACCUCCCUCCAGGAUAUCAUUCUCGGUGGACAACAUACUGGCUCCCGAUCGAUUCCGACCUCCAUCCACUGCGGCAGCGGCAGCUUUUUCCACCGUUCACCACCAAAUGCUACUCAUGAAUGCGGCUGCUGCAGCCGCCCAUCAAGCUCUGAUGAGACAACAACAUGAGGUGGAACACAUUCGGAGGCUUCAAGAGCAUCAUACCAACCUCAAGACUGACGGCAAUGAUCCCAACAAGAUCGACGACGACAAGAAUUCGCGAGAUUCCUCGAUUCUUCAGAGGAACCUCCUGGAGGCUCAAGAUGACGACGAUAUGGACGACGAGGACAAUGAUUCUGAGGAUGGUCAAUCCUGCACGGAUUCCAUGGACUUUGCCAACGAUACCUCCAUAUCUGCAGCCAGGGCCCGAAAGAAGAAGGCCAGUGAAUCCGGAUCGAAAAAUGCCAAGCCCAGACGAGCUCGAACAGCCUUCACCUACGAGCAAUUGGUGGCCUUGGAGAACAAAUUCAAGACCACACGGUAUCUUUCCGUUUGUGAAAGAUUGAACUUGGCCCUCACACUCAAUCUGACGGAAACCCAGGUGAAGAUAUGGUUUCAAAAUCGAAGAACCAAAUGGAAGAAGCAGAAUCCGGGGAUGGACGUGAACUGUGGAACUCUGCCCUCACCUCCAACGAGUCUGUGUCCGUCGUAUCCUUCACUAUUCCCGCCGUCGCCCUCGGAGAUGGGCUUCUUCUCGGCACCACCAUUUUCCUUCAUGGGAUCCUCACCUGGAGGCUCCAUGGGACAUGGAGGUCCCUCCGUACCUCAUUCGUUAGCCUCUAUCCUCAUGCAUCAACAACAACAAGCCGCGGCGGCUGCCAUGUCCGAAGCCAAUUCGGCGGGUUCGCCGAAACAUUUAGGAUCGGGCGUGGGCUCCUUGCCCCAAAGGCCCAUUCCUUCCAUCCCGAAAGGGCUGUUCUUACGAUAAGCGUUAUGAGUUUUUAUUUGUUUUCCAAUAAACGUCUAAAUGUUUAA